AUGGCAAACCUACCUGCCAUUAAGCGGGCCACGACCGCCUUCGGGCAAGGCGUUUCGGAUAAUAAUGUGUACCAUAUGCAGCCUCGUAUCAACUUGCGAAGGGAUUUGAUCCCUGUUGAGACUCCCAUUGCACGUUCAUUGUGGACUGUUUUCAGGCGUGACAAAUCCUGCCACGACGGCUCGGAUUAUAACACCUGCGAGAAGGGAGUCAACACCAAUGUAACUAAUCUUGCCAUCAUUCUUGGUAUUGUAAUCCCCGUGGUUGUUGCCACUAUUGUACUCAUUUUUCUGCAUCGCCGAAAUGUUCGCCGCUUAAGACAGGAGGAUGCUCAAGAUCCCACCAAAGGCCUCGAUUUCGGCAUGGGCGAAGGCCCUGCCAAAACCAGCAAGCGAAAGAGUUUAUUUGGAAUAGGGGGAGAAAAGACAAGUCACAAGGGCAACCAAUUGUCUAUGGAUAUGAAUCUUUCAUCACCGUACCUUUUACCUCCCAAUAUUCAGCAAUCCCAUGACUCAGUACAUUCAUUGGCACGAACCUUCCCAAGCGACCAGGACCCAUAUCGUACUGUUGGCCAGUAUUCAAGUAGCGAUGCCGGUUCUAUCAAAUCUUUCAACCCCAAUGGAAGCCGGCAUGGCUCCAUGGCUUACAGUACCUCCGUUGGCGCCGCCGGGAGAAUGCCCCCUUCUCGUUCCGACUCGAUGCCGAAGACACCUGCAUCUCCCGCGGCCAGGUCUGAUCCUUUUGCCACGCCUACCGCUCCACAAUCCAUUCAUCAAUUCCCCCUACUGGAGGAUGCCAAAGAAGUUGUCCGCCCCAUGGAACCCGUUGUUCCCGAGAUCGGCACUGUUUCCUAUCCUGAUGAAAAGACCGGUGAGCCGCAGAUGCCAGACAUUCAGCCGCCGCCUUUAGCAGUGUCAAGAGACUCGCACUACGAGCUGCCGAAUUCUUCCUUGGAACAAGACAGACCCAUCCUGGCAGAGCUACCAGCGCGUUCGGAACGUGGCCCGAUUGGAAUGGCCCAUUCAGGCGUCGAUGGUUUCGACUUCCAAUCCCGAGAAUCUUAUCCGUCCGGACUGGGUCUGGACAUGGGCUUGCAAAACGUUUACUCAUCAGACGCGCCUCACGCUGUUGAUAACAUCCCUGGCCAAGCAUUAUCUCACGAUGACUAUGGUCACCCUGAGAUCCGUACCUCGCAGUACUAUGACGGUGAUUCUCUUGGGGCCCCUGCACCGGCAGAUGCUCCGGAACAAUCUAACGAUGCCCUGGGUGUUCCACAACAGCAAAUGAAACGACUCUCGGUUGGAUUCCGUCCUCUGCCACCGGAUGAGGUAAUGGAAUCUGAGGACCCGGAGUACAGAGCCAACCGUAUCCGAUCCUUUUAUAAGGAAUACUUUGACGAUAGGGAACCUGCACCCCCGUUGCCUGGAAGAGAAGCCGCUGGAUAUUAUGAAGACUAUGAUGCUGGUUACCUUGGGGAUGCUGCCUAUUACGAUGCAGAGACGAAUGCCUUCGUUAUGCCAUAUGCGCAGCCAGUGACUCGUCGCGCCAUGACGCCGCCACCUGCCGGGCGUUUCCGAGGCGGUCCUGGAGGACCUGGCCCCCGCGGUGAUCCUCGUGGUCCGGUGCGAGGUCCCCAUGGCUCUAUUGGUGGUAUGAGUCUCCAAGGAGGACCAAGGCGGCCUCGUGCUGGCUCUGCCUUUGGCCCAAGGCCCGGCUCGUCUGCUUCUGCCCAGAUGCGAGGACGCCCCCCGAAGAAGAACCUGCCUCCCCCAUCCGUGCUCCAUACUCUGCCAACACCUUCCAAACUCAAGGAUGAUAGCUUUGCAAUCUUUAAUGCAACUGAUUUCGCGCCUCCUGACUCGUUCAGAGAACAUGUCGCGGGCCGUAGUCAAAGCCCUAUGGGUGAAAGACGUGCAUACUCGCCUAAGGUGCCAGUUGCUUCCCCUCUGGUCACUUCCUUUGACGAGCUAUCGGUCCUGCCAAGCCCUCACAUGCUUCGCAAGUCAUCAACAUUCACGGGUCUGGAUUUCGCCCCCCCCAAGAAGUUCAAGGAUGCAGACACCAUGAGUGACGCAGGCAGCAUCAGAAGCAAUACAAGUGGCAUUUCUGCUGCUCAGCUGCAUGCUAUUCGCGGCGGAGCUGGACGUGUAAGUCGACUACCAGGCGACACCGUUUUUACGUCUGCCGCUUUGGAGGACACACUCAAACCUCAAUGGAGCAUGCGGCCUUGA